AUGGCAAUGGUUUAUCCCAUACAAAUGCUACUGGUUGGUUUCUCUUUGCUUCUCGCAUUCCCUUUGGCCGCAUCAACUACCAUGAAGACAACAUCCAAAGAAGAAAUAAAAUGCGAUUCUUGCAUGCCUGUUAUCUAUCCCUCGCCACCUCCCCCUGUGGUAAUUGAGUGCCCACCACCUCCUUCUCCGCCUUCUCUUCCACCGCCAUCACCAUCACCACCGCCACCAUGCCGUGGAUGUCCUCCACCUUGCUCUGGCUGGUGCCCUCCACCGUGCCCUGCAUGCCCUCCACCACCUUGCAAUGCAUGUCAGAUUCCAAAUACUCCUGUUCCACCUGGGCCUCCUCGUCCACCACCUAUGGAGCAGCCCGGAGUGAUGGGAGGUGCGGUUUAUUCGCCACCCAACGAAGUGGUUCCUUACUUCCCAUAUAGCUACCAGAACCCUCCUUCUCAGUCGGCUCCUAGCUCCACUCAUUUGGAACUGAAGCUUGCAGUUUCCAUCAUUUUUCUAUUGCUUUCACUAGGGGCUAGUAAAUCCAGAAGGGCAUGUAAUCUGCUUGAAUUACUAUUUCAUGGAAAUGCCAAAAGCUAG